CACCCAAAUCCACCACAAACCACCUCCAGCCAACAAACAAGAUCCAGGUAACAUCACUGCCAAAGCCAGUGUUCAGAUCGUGUUUACGACACAUGCAGUAGACAUUACGUGGACGGUGGACUCUUCUAUUCCUAGGGAUCGGAUGUGCUGAAAGCUAGUGGCGAGAGCUCGAGAUACAAUAAAUAACUCAUCGCCGCCCGGGGAAUCUGGGAACUCGCAAUAUCGGAGCUUGAAAGCCGAGAAUCACUUGUAUAUGAAAUCACACGAACUCGGUUUAACGCGUUUGAUUUAACCAGUCGCCGGGGAGCGAUAUGGCUGCAUCAACACCUCAGACCCUGGAACUUCCAACUGCAAUACAUGGCAACGGGACAGCCCAUCCCGACCUAGCCAAUAUCAUCCAGGCGCUAGAAGCUAUACAUACUCGGACCACGACAAAUGAAAUCAGAAAGCAAGCUUCGGAAUUUUUGGAAUUGCAGAAACAUGAGAAGAGUGCGGUGCAGAAUGGAUUUUACUUGGCGGCGGAGCGGAGCCACUCUCCCCUCGUACGGCAUUUCGGUCUCUCGCUCCUGGAGCAUGUUUUGAAGCAUAGAUUGUCCGAGUUGACCCCCGGGCAAAUUGGGCACCUUAGAGGAUUGAUUUUGGGACUUGCUCAGGAGGUUCAGGUUCAAGAUCUGUCGUAUAUCCGCAACAAGCUCAUUCUGUUGUGGGUAGAGAUAGCGAAGCGUACAUGGGCGCUGGAUUGGUUAGGCAUGGACGAAUCGUUGCUGCAGUUAUGGAACGGAUCACUGAUACAUAAAGAGUUUGUUCUGGGCGUUCUGGAAGCGAUGUCCGAUGAUGUUUUCCAUCACGAAGAUACAGCCUCUUCGUUGCGCGGGACGGAUUUGAAUCGCGCGCUGGUGGAGAUUUGCACUCCAUAUGCAGUUUUCAAGGAAGUCUAUCCCGAUCGAGCAAACUUCACCGAACUCCGCUGUGGGCCUGAAGGCUGGCUUUUUAGAAUUACCGUUCUCCUGAAUGAUUGUGUGCAGAAUCUCCAUUCAGCUCCCGAAGUCCGGACAUGUGCCCAGAAGGCGCUCGCAACUUUGCGAUCAAUGUUGACGUGGAACAUCCCGCUGGCUAUUGCCUCUAGUCAGUGUGUUCAGGCAAUAUGCGGUGCGCUUACUGCAAACGAUGAGAGCAUAUUAAUGUUGGCUGUUGAGGCUUUGCAUGCUUUAUAUGGGAGAACGCACUAUGAUAUCCAGGAAUUCGAACCCCUUCUACUCAUAAUUUAUGACACAGAUCGUCUUGAAUUACUGAGAAAACUUUACGAGUGGUCCAUUGUCGAUGCAGAAAACAUUAUAGAUUCGAAAUAUACAACGUCUAAGAAACUGUCGGAGCUCCUAUCGUACUUGGCCGGUUUCCUUGAAGAAAAAAAUAUCAAUCUCAGCAAGAAGAUCGAUCAAUCCUACUUUUUCUCUUUUUUGACCAAUGUCUUAAGGCAUCCAAGUUUGAUUCUAUCUAUUCCUGUGCUUCAUUCUUGGUCAAGGCUGCUCAUUUGCGAUGAGAUUGGGAACCCAGACAUCGUUACCAAUUUUAUUGGCCCGUUGCUUGAGAUAUGCACCCAGCGACUCGUACGAUACGAAGCAUUCCCGGAAAAUUCAGAAGAUCCAACAAUUCUGUUCCUUAAUGAGGAUAUUGACACAUUACCCGACAGGCAUGCAUUCGUAGGAAACUACAGAAGGUAUUGUGGACAGGUCAUCGAGGUUAUCGUUCAAAAGCGACCUCAUGAUGCUAUUCCGCAUAUCCUCUCCGGUGUUGAUAUUGGCCUUAACAACAUAUAUAAUGGAACUGAUCCCUUUAAUCCUGCUACUUUCCACAAGCACACGGUUGCAGCGCUGCGGGCUGACACGCAGUUUACUGUCACAGAAUAUCUUUUGAAAGGUUAUAAUAAAUGGGUUGAAAAUCACGGUAAUGACCCGCAACGACAUGAACAGCAACGAUCAACGCUUGAGAGUUUGCUAGAAUCAUGGGCUCUAAGUUUGUUGCAAAGACAAUUUGUGGUUCUUGAGCAUAUCCUAACGACCCACGCUCUGGAUAAUCCCGAGUUCCCACUGUAUUCUGAGGCUGUGAGAGAACUGUAUAGCUUGUCAACGUAUGAAGUACGCAGACUUGCGACUCGAUAUGCAGAUUACUUUUCCACAUUUUAUGAUAUCCUCGAGCAAAAAGUCCAGGAGAUGCAACAAAGAUCUACCGAGGAUCAACCACAGAUGGAAUUAUCUUCGGUUUUACUCAUCGUUAUGCACCGAGCAAAAGAUGUCGAUCCGCAUCUACGACAAGCGCGUUUGCGCUCAUUCAUUGAACCCUUAAGGCAGGCUUGGGCAAACGACCAGUUCCGGCAGAUAAUUAGUACCUUUCAGGGCUUCUGUGAAGUCUUUGCCCUUGACCAGGUUCACCCAUAUUUACAAGCUCGUCAGGCACAAAAUAUUGAAGAUUGGUCUGUCAUUACCCUUGACGAGGAAGGAAAACGAAUUCAAAGUCAGAUGAACUCGAAGUUCCAGAGCGUUCCAUUAAGGAACACCAAAACUUUGCUGGCUGUCUCCACAGAGAAGCUAAAACCAAGCGAUCCCGCGUACCAGGUAUCAUGCGAGCUCUGGAAAGACAUGAUUCCUCUCAUCCUUCCUUCUUUGCUGCAAUUGGUUGGCCAUGCCCACGCGUUUCAUAACCCCGAUAAUUGGGCGGGGUUACCACUAGAGAUGCGCCCAAUUGUUGGUCGAAUCUUGACAGAUAGGUUCUGGCAAGCUGGUAUUUCAGCGGGCAGCAGAGAGGAUUUCUACGCUAAAAUUGCCACAUCGAAACGUACCCUUGAGGGAUUCUCAUCAUCCGUUCGAGGCAAAGUUAGAGCUGUCAGAGAAGCAUGUUAUUCCAUUCUGUUUAGCAUGAGUAGAUUGGGUGAGCACUUUUACGGCUUUCAGGAACUCUCGAUACCUUUAUCUCAAGCGUUAUACAGCAACGCCACAUCUCUUUCCUCUCACCAAUUUUCGGUUCUCUUGAAUAUAUCUAGAUGCCUCAUUGACGACUGCCCGCCGCAAUCCCGCGGGCAUUUCCUCCCACCAAUGAUGUCAAGUUUGUUCGUUCAACUUGAUAAGAAGAUUACGACGGAAUGGGAUGUAAUAGAACGUCGGAGGGCGGGCAUGGUGGAUGAUGAUUUAACGGAAGAGAUGAAGGAAGAGAGCAUACUGAGACAGUUGACUUACUCUACCGUAAUCAUGGUGGCUAGUUUGUUGGAUCCUAACAAAGAAGGCCCCGGAAACCCAGACUCCAAUAAUCGCCCAACCCAAGCAGAAGAAGUUAACCCGGCCAACCUAAUGAGAACAUUCAUCCUCUCCACGCCCCAAAUCCUCGAACCGGUAGUCGUUUUCUGUACCCAUGCUCUACGCAUACACGAUACUCGGAGCUGUAGCAUAAUAACCCGAGUGCUCCGCUCUAUUCUAUCUUCCUUCUUACCCACCGUUGAUACCCCCACUGCAGCGAGUAUUCGCGAAUUCAUCAGCACCCAGGUGCUGAAAGCGUGCAUAACCUCCGUGCAUGAACCGUACUUUGUCGAUAUGCAAAAGGACCUCGCCCAACUAAUUGCCUCUAUAUGGAUCCUCUACGGGCCCCGGAGCCCUACCCCCAGAUCUGUCAUGUUAAGCUUACCUGGAAUUACGGAAGCGAGAGCCAUAGCUGCUGAAGAGGCGUUGAUGAAAUCAUCGUCAACACGAAUCCAGAAAGCAGUGGUUUUGGAUUUCCUGGAAAGUUUGAGGGGCGUAAGUAUCAGUGAGCAAGGAAAGAUCGGCGGAGCCCGGGCUGGUCGAAGAAAGGAGCGAAGUAUCAUGCAGGCAAGGUAUAUGACGACGGAAAUGGAAGGCCAGGAGGGCGGAAAAGUGGAUAUCAACAAUGGACCUGAUUUGACCGGAGUGGCUGAUAUGUUCUCUUGAGGGGUUCCUGAGAGGUUGAUGGGCUCCCUUUUUCAGUGCAGCUAUAUAUCCCGAUACUUUUUGCAUUUCUAUGACCCCAUCGUAUUCGCAGUGUUGGAAACCUGUACACCUCUAUUCCUCUCCCAGUCUUUAUCUGCUAAGAUAAGGUGCGGGCGCUUUACGCAUAACGUUUUGUCGGUGCAUACGAAUGCCUAUUUCUGCGUUGAAGAGUG